CCCUCGGCAUCCUGCCGCGCCAACGCGUGCCGUGGCGGGGCCGCGGCGGCGGACCCGGGGCGAUGGUGUCCGCGAGCACGCUGCGCGCCGGCGCCGCCCUGUGCCUGGCCCUCGCGGCGCCCGCGCGGGGCCUGCAGGUGCCCGCGGACGGCCAGAACGCGUCCCUGGAGCUUCACGAGUGGCCCUGGAGCAGGCGCAAGGCCGCUGGCGCUGCCGCCGCGAGGGCGCCUGCCGGUACCGGCAAGGUGCUCCUGAGCACCAUGACGUUCCCCGAGGACAACCUGCCGCUGGACAUCACCGUCGCCCACCAGAUGCGCAUGGUCUCAAUGUACCCCGACACUAUCCAGCACAUCAUCGUGGACAACAGGCCGCCCUGGAUGGAGCCCGUGAACCGUCAGGAGACCAUCUUGCAGAGCAUGCACAAGAGCAAGAUCUCGACAGUGCGCAGAGUUGAUUACAGCGUGUACGACUCACCGAAGUACCUCCAGAAAUUCUUCGAGACGGGCAACGAGACCGACUCCUGCAAGACCCUGGAGGACGCGCACGACAUGUCGGACAUCAGCGGGCAGCACAUGUCGUCGAACACGCACGGCAUGUUCAACUUCUUGGAGGCAUGCUUGAACGCGGAGGCGGCCGUGGAUCUGUGCGUCUUUCUCGACCCGGACAUUGUUGUCUACAGAAAGGACAAGGGCAUGAUCGAGAUGGCGCGCGAGGUUUUCGCGGCCCAGCCCACGGCGAUCGCGCUGAACCCGCCGACGAUGUGCAGCGCCUUCGACGGGGCGGCCUCGGGCACCUGCAAAACGAAGAGGCCGGGGAUGCUCAGCCAGCGCUACCUGAUCAUCAACCGCCAGCGCCUGACGAGCGCCUUGCCUCUCAAGGUCCCGCACGAGGAGUUCAACGUGAACUUUGAGCACCUCUUCGGCGACUCUCUGCGCCGCGUCAACUCGGGUGGGCAGCGCAUGAUCUGCAACGGCGCGUUUGCGAUCCACCCUUUCAGCGCCCGCUGGGCGCACUGCCGCAACAAGAAGGAAAACCUGAACAUCGAGCGCCACGCCAAGCUCGUCGCGCAGACCGCGAAGAAGGAGAAGUCGGGCGACUACCACAGUUUCGACAUGACCAUGGUAGAGGGGCUCAAGGAGAUGAUCUCCCGCGUGGAGGCCGGCAAGCUGGCGAAGCCGCAGGAGUCUGGCGAACCCGCAGAACUCCAAAGCGUCUCCAACAUGUGCGAGGACAUGUGCGUCGACCAGAACCGCAUCGCUCAGGGGCUCGCGUGGUAA